AUGGAAUUUAAAACAAAUCAACAAAAAAUGUCUUUCGCUCGUAAGAAGUUUGGAGAGUUAUGCGAUGGUACCGAUGGUAAUCGAGAUUAUCUUACUGUUGGAGAAGCAGAUUAUGAUCAAAAUAAACUUUAUGAAGCCUGUACUCAAUGUCUUCAGCAAUGGCAUCAACCAACUCGAAAAUCUACUAAUCCAGUUAAUCUAUUAGAUAAAGAUGUUCAUAUACCAGAAGCAACUACAACUCUGCGUCAGCUUCUCGUAAAGUACAACCAGCAAGCAACUGCUGCUGCUGCGUUUCUUUUACCCCAACCAGCUCCUGAUCGAUUUAUACCACUUUCUGCUCGCGCCAUCAUUCAAGCUUCAUCACCACCACACCACUGUUCUACAUAUGCUAGGGAGACGAUUGAGAAAGAUAGAUAA